GGUUGAGGAAAAAAAUGCAAACUGUGGCAACCGCUACACUAGAUGGUUGGCACUGGCAUUUUUGGCAGUGACAAUUGAGGUUACAUCAGCAAUAUUUACCUUUAUGCAAUGUUAACUUCAAAUCGGGUUUAAAAGUAAAUAAUAAACAUUCCAAAUGUUUCUGCCGCUCUCCAAAUGCAUUAUUUGUCACGAGCACAUAGCCAAAGUGAAGUACAACCUGAAGUCUACACAUUCAGAGAAGUCCAAGGUUCUGAUGAUCAAGUUGGUGGAAAAAUUGUAUGAAAAUAUCGUGUUUCUUCAUUGCAAUAUAUGCACAGCCUGUUACGAGUUGCUGAAUGAACUGGACACCAUUCAAGAGCGAGAGAAGCAGUUGUAUGAGCAACUUCACAAGUACUUUUCUAAGUUGGAAAAUUCUGCAUCAAAAGUGUCUAAAAACAACAAGACUGUCACUGAGGAUGCUCCGAGACUUUGUCCCGAUUUGGAGGGAGAAAGCUCCAAUGUCUCCACCGACAACCUGCAGAUUGGGGACAUAGAUUUUAAAAAGUUGCCCAUCAAAGUUACCAGAGUAAAAUUGAAGAAUGAUCAAACGUCUCCUCAGGAACUCCCCGAAGUUGAUUUGGAGCAGCAGAUCAAGCACAACGAUAAAGCUUUUGAGCAGAUUCGCUCCCUUAUUCAAAUGGACCUUUCCAAGCAUAUAGAGGAGCACAUGACCAAGUGCAAACCAUCCAAGAAUAUUCUAUGUGAAAUAUGCGGUCAAAGCUUGAAAACCAAGAUCGGGUAUGACAACCAUUUGAAGAAACAUGAUGCUGUUGGCGACGACCUUAAGCUGCUGGCUUUGAAUAAAAUAGACGAAAACUGCUUUUGUGAAGUGUGCGGCAAAAAUUUCAAUCAGAAAAGCGCUUUAGCCCGACAUUUGUCUAUACAUACAGGCGAAAGCCGCUAUCAGUGCGAAGAGUGCGGCAAGAAAUUCUUGCAUCACAGCUCUUUCAACAUCCAUCGAAAAAUCCAUGCUGGGCAGCGGAAUUUCCGCUGUGAAUUUUGCAAUCAUGGAUUCUUGACUAAUUCACAUUUGAAACGACACGUGCGAGCUUGCCAUCAAAAACUGCGAAAUCAUCCAUGCCCGUUUUGUCGCCACAAAUUCACGGAGAACUACAAUCUGUUGGCGCACAUAAAGGUGGUGCAUAAGCAGGCUGAUGAACCAGCCAAAGAAGAUGCAAACAUCAUUUACCAUUUUAAGGAUGAUGGUUUUAUUGAGGAACAAGAGGCGGUUAUUCACUUGCAGGAGACUUCUGAUGGAUUUUGUACAAUCACGGAGAGUUGCUAACGUAGCUGUAAUGCCUGGAUCGUUGCGACUCAUUCUGCUUUAGCAGUGGUAAAAGUCAGUAUACUGUUUAAUAGGCUUAUAGGUUUUCGGUCCCAAAAACUGAUAAAUUUGAGCUCAGGUCGUAAUCUACGGCGCUGAGGCCUGUUAGCCAAACUCGAGUAGGGAACAGAUAUAGAUAUUUGCUAGAAACACGAACAAAUUUGGAAUUUUCAGCGUGAAAUGGACUUAAAAUCAGAAAGGUUCGACCAUUUUCGAGAUUUUUUUGAUUCUGCCUCUUUAGGUGUUCGGAAUGUUCGCAGUUCUCGCAACGGGCAAUCGAAAGGGUCCUGACGACUUCCGAUAAGUUCAGAUAGUUGCAAUAGUUUUCAAGAUAUACAUGAGAAUUUGGAAAAAUUUCGGGUCUAUUUUAUUUGGGAUGCCAUACGGGUAAAAGAAUUGAAAUGUUGAAACCAUAUCGAAAGGGGUCUAAUAUCAGGACUUUUCGGAUAUUUGGGAGCGUUUUCGAGGUAUAGGCGGUUUUAAAUACAUAUUUAGCGCUUUCCAAAUUCUUCCAAUGAUGACUGAUAUUUCCUGGGUACUCGAAUGAAAUUAAGCAGUGACCUGAGUUUAAAUUAAAUAAACCCCUAAUAUAAAAUUACAUUAAAAAUCGUUUAUUUUCUCUAGCUACCUUUGGCAUGUAUCGAAAUAUAAAAGGAUAUGGUAACAUUAAGGGCUUACAGUACUAUGUAUGCAUCACAAUUGCUAAACGAGCUACUUUUCAUGGGAUAAAUAAAGUAAAUAUAGCUAUCUAAGAAAAAGAUAAAACAAAGAUAGAUAGGCCUAAGAUAGGCGAUUGAAAUAAGACUCAAUUUCAAGCGAGUUAUACUUAAAUCUUCACUAUCUAGAUUUUUUAAAUUGUGGAUUAUCGAUAGUUUGACUGUUCAAAUAAAAUAAAAUAUGAUUUUGCA